CCAGUGAUUAUGACCAAAAGGGUUUUUAUGAAAUUAGUUAUAUGCUCAUGGGCCUUAGGUUUCAUAGUGGCCACUGUGCAAACCUCAUGGGUGUUUAGUUUUCCUUUUUGUGGACCCAAUAGAAUUAAUCAUCUUUCUUGUGAAACCCCUCCAGUGCUAGAGCUUGCAUGUGCGGACACCUUCUUAUUUGAAAUCUAUGCAUUCACAGGCACUCUUUUAGUUGUUACGGUCCCUUUCUUGCUAAUACUCUUAUCCUACAUUCGAAUUCUCUUUGCCAUCCUGAAGAUGCCAUCAACCACUGGGAGGCAAAAGGCCUUUUCCACUUGUGCCUCUCAUCUCACAUCUGUGACCCUCUUUUAUGGCACAGCCAAUAUGACUUAUUUACAACCCAAAUCCAGCUAUUCUCCAGAAACUAAGAAAUUGAUGUCAUUGUCUUACUCACUGCUUACCCCUCUGCUGAAUCCACUGAUCUACAGCUUGCAAAACAGUGAGAUGAAAAGAGCCUUGAUGAAAUUAUGGCAAAGGAAAAUGGUUUCAAACACAGUCUGGUGA